ACCAGGGAAGUUAACGUUGCAGGAGGAACGCUUUCCUGUCCACAUGAGAUCACAAGCUGGAAGAUGGCUCAGCGCUACCUGUGGACCCUGCUCCUUUGCCUGCAAACCCGUCUGGAAGCAGCUGGAAGUGACACAGCCACCCUGCCUGUGACUGGAAUUCUGGGGGCGUCAGUCACCUUCCCCCUGGGUAUCAAAGAACCACAGCAAGUUAUCAACAUUGCCUGGAAUUCAGAAACGUCUGUUGCUUUUGUGACACCAGGAGAACCAGGAACAGCACCCAAAGUUACUGUGACCCACCAGAAUUAUAAUGACCGAAUAAAUGUCUCACGUCAGAACUACAACUUGGAGAUCAGUAAGCUCAGGAUGGAAGAUUCAGGCAUCUACAGAGCUGACAUCAAUAUGCAGACCUCAGAAACAACCCUCACCAGGCGCUACAACCUUCAGGUCUACCGUCGACUUGGAAAGCCAACAAUUACUCGGAGUUCAAUGACAUCUGUGAACAGCACCUGUAAUGUCACACUGACGUGCUCUGUGGAAAAGGAAGAAAAGGAUGUCACCUACAGUUGGAGCCCCCUGGGGGAAGAGGGUAGUGUCAUCCGAAUCUUCCAGACCCCGGACAGCCAGGAGCUGACGUACACGUGUACAGCCUGGAACCCUGUGAGCAACAGCUCCGACUCCGUGCCCGCCUGGCAGCUCUGUGCAGACCCUGCAGCGGGCCUGCACCCCCGCCACACCGGGCUGCUGAGCGGGCUGGCCGUGCUCUUUCUGUUAAUUCUCAUCGUGCCUUCGGUACUUCUGUGGCUUUUGUGCAAAAGAGGACAAGGUUCCUUCCUGAAGACCUCCAGUAAGGACUCUGACGAGGUCUCAAAGAAAACAAUAUACACCUACGUCGUGGUGACGAGAGACGUCCCGCCAGCAGAGGGCAGAAUCUAUGAUGAGAUCCCCCAGUCCAAGGAGCACCCUGCCAAGGAGGAGGAUGUGAACAGGAUUUAUGCCACACUGCAGUCCGAGAAGGUGGGGAAGACCAGCACUCAGGACAGCAAACCUCCCGGCAUUUCAACCUACGAAAAUGUGAUCUAGGCUCCUGGACAGCAUUCACCCUGUGGAAACUGAGCUUCCAACAUCAUCUCUUCCAGCAGAUGCCCCGGACCCAGACUUCCUCUGUGCAGACCUUACCUGGAGAUAGCAAACCACGACACCCCAAUACGUGACUUUUCAUGACUGGAGGCGAUGACCCCUCCUAGCCACCCCACAAGUAGAAAGGAUUGACAUGUAAUCCGGCUGCGGAGCACCACCUGGGAUGCUCUGAUCACACUCAGUGUCUGGGAGGGCCCCGGUGCAUGGCCUCCAUGGUCCCCACAGCACCUUGGGCAAAUUAGGCAAAAGCACCCUUUUCCGGAGGCAAAUGUAGCCCCUUCCAAGCAUGUGGCUUGACAAGUCGAGUGUGGGCUGCAUUUCAGCCUCCUUUUGCCCCUUUGCCCAGAAACCUUUGUGCAGGGGGCAGCUGGCUGGGCCAGCCCAACCAACCGCACAUGACGGUGUCGCUUGGGAAGUCAUUGGAGGUGUAGCUCUGCACUGCGCAGACACACCCUCCGAAUGGAAUGUUGGAAAACGGUCCUUCCACAGGAACGAGGUGGCUGGGGCAUAUUUCUUCAGGCUUUACUUCAGAAGCCUCUUACGCUUUUCUUUCUAGCCAAGAUUUCCACUUGACUGGGCCCUGGAGUGCCCAGAAAUUUAGUUAAACAUAAUUCUAGGGGUGUCUAUGAGGGUGUUUCUGGAGGAGAUUCACAUUUGGAUUGGGAGAUAGAGUAAAGUAGGUGAAUCCCCACUCCAGCAUGGCCACCCAUCCAUCAAGAGCCUGGGUAGAAGCAGAAGGCAGAGUGAAGGAGAAUUCAUUCUCUCUGUCUGAUCACCUUAGAGCUGAGACAUCAGUUCUCCUGCUUUAGGAUUUGGACUUGGACUUGGACUGGAGCUUAUACCAUCCCCUCUCCAGCUUGCCGACUGCAGACCUUGGGAUUUCUCAAUCUUCAUAACCACACCAGCCAGCUCCUUGUUGUAUGUAUCUCUUCCCUGCUGGUUCCAUUUCUCUGCAGAGCCAGGCUGACGCCUACUCCAAGCAGCCUCAGCAAGGAGACCAUACCCAGUAUCAAACUGGCCAAAAGGAAUUGAUGGGCUGUAUUUCUGGCAUUUUCAGAGAACGGAGUACAACCCAACCAUCGAAACAAUCUCCGAUCAAAUUAACUAUGGCUUUUGAAAACUCUUUUCCCCCUCUUGGUCCUCAUACCGCUGCAACCCAUUUCCUUCUGCCUCCCAGCAUGCAUCAUUAUUUGUUCCCUCCACACUGUAUAGACGUAGGGGGAGAUCCACGACUCCGUGACCAUGACGAGUGAUCAUGAGAGAUGACAGUUUCAGUCGCCUGCGCAUCCACCACCAGCCAAACACCGUGCCGCGUACCCUGAUGUGAGCAAUAAAUGCUACUGAAUAGAAUUGAAAAUGGCCAGCCAGCUGAAACGGAAGGUACAUGUUGCAAGUGUAGAUAGACAGAAGCCAAUACGCAGGGUGGUGUCCAGUUGUGGCAAGAGUUAGUUGUCAGAAUGCAGAUGUCAGUGUAGGGGCAUUCUGGGGCGGGGGAGACUUGCAGAGUUAGACCAUCGUAGCCAGGAACUGAAGCAGUGAGCCAGGUGUGAAAGGCAGUCACCCUAGAGAGACACAGGAAGGAAAAAGUAAAGAGACUUGUCAUAAGGAUGGAGAAGUUCCAAAGUGACAUUCAACAGACCCUAAAAUAAAAGCAUGUCUCGCUUUACCUGAGUUGAGGGACCACUCCUGAAUGUGGCCCUUCUCUAACCUGCCCUGCGUCUCCCUGGGGCACUCAGCCAGUCAAACCGCCAGUGUCCCAGAGCCCCGUGGGCAAGUGGGGAAGAAGGAAAAGACCCAGAGGCUAGAGUCCCCUGGGUCCUCCAUGAGAACACACCAGGUAUUCAUGUGGCAUUGGGACUGGGAACCACCGAGCUCCUGUCUCUCACUCUUCCUUUCCUGUGAAUCUGCUGAUUUAUGAAGAUGGAAGCUACUCACCCCAUCCCCUAAGGGCUUGGUUUUCAGAUUCUCCUUCUGUAAAAUGGGUGUGAUGUUACUUUCCACAGAUUUAAGACGAACUAGAUUGUGACCAAUGGGUCUACACGAUUAUUCUUUCGAUGGAACAGAAUCUCAUAUCAUGCCAAGAUGGGCAAGUUUUCACAAAUGUGUAUAGAAAUUGAAAUCUCGGGGCACCUGGGUAUCUUAGUCAGAUGGACAUCUGACGUCGAUUCAGGUCCAUGAUCUCCCAGCUCGUGAGUUCGAGCCCCACAUCGGGCUCUCUGCCGUCAGCGCAUAGCCUGCUUUGGAUUCUCU